AUGAACCCUCUCCCCCGAAACUCCAAGGUUGAGGAGACCAUCGCUCAGAUUAAUCGGGACCUUGAAACACUCCCAGACAGGUAUGGUUGGCCUCGACAGAGUGCGAAUGGGUAUCGUAUUCAGGAGCAGCUAUCUGGCACAGAACGACCCAUACGAAUCAUUCAUGUCGGAGCAGGCGCAUCAGGGAUAUGCUUCUCAAAAUUUGCGGCCGAGUCGCUGCACAACGCGGAAUGGGUAUGCUAUGAUAAAAACGCCGAUAUUGGGGGUACAUGGCUGGAGAACAGAUACCCAGGAUGUGCCUGCGACAUCCCUUCCGUGAACUAUCAGUUUACCUGGGCACGAAAACCUGACUGGUCACACUUCUACUCAUACUCGGAAGAAAUCUGGCAAUAUUUUGCCGACGUUGUCGAGCGGUUCCAGCUACGCAAGUACAUGAAAUUGAAUCACGAGAUCAUCAAUGCUACCUGGGACGAGGACCUUGGGGUGUGGAACGUGCAGGUCAAAAAUCUCAUAACAAAUGAGGUGUUUGUGGAUCAAGCCGAAAUCCUCAUCAAUGGCGGAGGAGUACUGAACAAUUGGAAGUGGCCAGAAAUUCAAGGACUGCACAACUUUGAAGGCAUACUUUGUCAUACGGCAAACUACCCUGUGAACACCACUUUGGACAAUAAACGGGUUGCAGUCAUCGGCGUUGGAAGCAGCGGCAUUCAGGUCACAGCAAACAUUGCGUCCAAGGUCAAAAAGCUAUAUACCUGGGUACGGUCACCGACAUGGAUCACUGCCGGAUUCGCUCAAAAGUAUGCUGGACCGAAUGGCGAGAACUUCAAAUACACAGAAAAACAAAAAAGAGACUUCGCCGAGAACUUUCCCGAAUAUGUGGCAUACACCAAAGCCAUUGAAGACGAACUCAAUCAGCGAUUCAAGUUCAUUCUAGCAGGUACACCUGAAGCGCAAGAGGCAAAGGAGUUUUCCACACAACAAAUGCAUGAGAAGCUGAACGGUCGUAAGGAUCUGAUUGACACGAUUGUCCCCACAACCUUUGGGGUAGGUUGUCGGCGACCAACGCCAGGAAACGGAUUUUUGGAAGCCCUGACCCUUCCACAUGUCACGACUUUCAGCAAAGAGAUGAAAAGAGUCACCUCGAAAGGGUUUAUCGAUCACGAUGGACAGGAACAUGAAGUCGAUGUUAUCAUCUGUGCCACGGGAUUCAAUACAUCAUGGGUGCCUCGAUUUCCCAUCGUGGCGAGAGGUAAGAAUGUCCAAGACAUUCAGAAGGAGAAGCCGAUAUCGUACUUGUCGAUCGGGAUUCCUGAAAUCCCCAACUACUGGACCGUCACCGGUGCCUACGGCCCCCUGGGCCACGGGUCAUUUCUGCCCAUCAUCGAACUACUCAUGCAUCAUUUCAUACAAGUGAUCAAGAAGAUGCAAACGGAAAACAUCACGGCGAUGGCCCCACGACGAGCCGUGUGCGACGCGUUCAUAGAGCAUGCGGAUCUGUACCUCCAGCGCACGGCAUGGGCGUCGGGGUGUCGCAGCUGGUUCAAACAGGGCAAGGAGGACGGACCCUUGGCCAUGUGGCCCGGCUCGAGGCUUCUCUACUUUGAGUUGCUGGCUCAGCCGCGCUACGAGGACUACGACAUCAAGUAUCAGAGCGGCAAUCCUUUUGGCUUCUUGGGCAAUGGUUUUACAACCCGAGAGUAUGAUGGCAGAGACAUCUCUUACUAUCUGGGCACCAGGGACGCUCCUGGGGCCUUGAUUUCUGCGACGAUGAACGACGCCCCCGUUCGAUCCGCCGAAGAUUGA